AUGGACGCAGUUCAAAUGCUUUCAAAGAAGAUUUAAAUUAUCACAAAAUCAAAAAUACGUUAUGAAGGUGAAAUUUUUAAGAUUGAUACAGCUAAUUCUACGAUUGCCUUAAAAAAUGUUGUCUCUUUCGGUACUGAAGGAAGAAAACCAGGCAAUGAAAUACUUCCAUCAGCUACUGUGUACGACUACAUUUCAUUCAAGGGAUAAGAUAUCGAAAAAAUCGAAACUAACAGCAACAAUGCAUUAGGAGCUACAAACGCACCUCCUCCCAACAUAGUAUCUACUUCUCCUUCCGUUUCAUAAACUACUUAAGUAAGUAAUACAGUUUAAUAAUAAACUACUACUGUUGUUUCUACCUCUGCUAUAAGCACAAACACUACAUCAGUUAAGACUUCUGAAUCAGCUAACAAUGAUGGAUUUGAUUUUGAAAAGCUUACUUAAAAGUUUAACAAUGAAAUUAAAAAUAGAGAAUCUUAGUAAGAUCAAACUAAAAAAUUAUACUCAAAAGACGACGAUUUCUUCGAUUAAACAUAUGUAUCAAAAUCUGAAGGAAUUACAAAGGAAUAAUUGAUGCACUAACGUUAACUUGAUAAGGAGACUUUUGGUAACGAUGCUUAAUAAUACAGACCAAAUACUUAGCCAUACAAAUCGAAAAGAAACUUCAACCCUAAUAAUAACAAUAACAAUAACAGAUUCAACAACAAUAACAAUUAGCGCAGAAACAACUACAAUAAUAACAACAACAAUGGUAAUAAUUACAAUAAUCAAAGUAGAGGAAACUUUAAUAAUAAUGGCAAUAAUGGAAAUAACUUUAAUAGAAAUGGAAACAAUAAUUACCAAAACAACAGGAAUAGUAAUUACAACAACACCAAUAAUAGAAGCAAUUACAACAAUAGCAAUGACAAUAGUAACUAGGUUUAUGGCAAAGACUUUUAUUAUGAACGUAAGGAUAAUGAAGGAUAGAAUAGACCUGAAACAACAGGAAACAACAAUUAUCGUAAUAAUAACAAUAAUAGAAAUUACAAUAACAAUAAUCAAUAAGGAAAUUUCAGAAACAAUAAUGGCGGUAACAACAACAACAAUAAUAAUUAUAAUAACAACAGAGGAGGCAACAAUAAUAACUAUGAAAACAAGACUAAUUUCAGAACUAAUUAAAAUAACCAAGAUGGAAAUUAGAAGUUCAACAACAAUAAUUUCAAUAAUAACAAUAGAUAUAACAAUUAGAGAAACAACAACAACGGUAGCAACAAUAGCAAUAAUAGCAACAAUAACCGCUUUGAAAACACUAAUUAGAACUAGAAUUGA